GCAGAAAUCAUAGGUCUACUGAAUAAGUUUUUUGUAUUUUUCAAGUAUCUCGAGCUAAAGUUAAGCGUAUUAUGGCUAUCCCAGAUUAUAAAUUAAGUGCCGUUCUAUGCGGACACUCCAUGGAUGUGCGUUGUGUAGCUAAAACAAAAGAGUAUUGUAUAUUAUCAGCAUCUCGUGAUAGAACCGCAAAGCUAUGGCAUCCGGAAGGGGUGAAAGAUUUCGUAAACGUAGUAACUUACAAGGGACAUACCAAUUUCGUGUCGUGCGUUUGUUGGCUACCGCCGUGUGAAGCGUUUCCCGAGGGCCUGGUGAUAACUGGAAGUAAUGACAAUACAAUUCUCGGUUAUAAUCUACAAGACGCAGCCGUGCAAAUUAAUUUAAAGGGCCACGAAAAUGCAGUAUGUAGUGUUAUACCAGGAAGAGAUUCUGGUAUACUUUUGAGUUCCAGUUGGGAUAGUACCGGCAGGGUAUGGAAUAUAAACUCGCCACAGAUGGCUCCCAUCAUAUUGAAAGGACAUCAAGCCGCUGUGUGGGCAUUUGUAGAACUUGCCAAUUGUACUUAUGCUACGGCAUCUGCAGAUAAAACUAUCAAAUUGUGGAGAAAGGAUGGUGGAGUGAUAGCUACACUUACUGGACACACAGACUGUGUGAGAGGUCUAGCUGUAGCAAGUAAUGAAACAUUUAUCAGUUGUGCAAAUGAUGCUUCCAUUAAACUAUGGACUAAUAAGGGUGAAUGUCUUAACACAUAUUAUGGACAUACUAAUUAUAUUUACAGUAUAAGCAUAAACCCUGCUGUUGAACACGGUUUCGCCAGCUGCGGUGAAGAUGGUAGCGUUCGUCUCUGGGCGGCAGGGGACUGUGUCAGGGAACUGAGAUUGCCCGUGCAGUCUGUGUGGAGCGUCACUUGUCUUGAUAAUGGGGAUAUUGUUACAGGUUCAAGUGAUGGCUUAGUGCGUGUUUUUACAAAAGACCCAGCGCGUUAUGCAGAUGAAGUAACUUUGAAACAGUUUGAACAAGAUGUGGAAAAAAUGACUAUGGCAUCUCAACAGGAAUUUGGUGGAUUUAAACUUUCUGAGCUACCCGGUCCAGAAGUACUCCUAGAGCCGGGUAAAUCAGACGGACAGACGAAACUCGUCCGUCGUGGUACAAACGUUAAAUGUUAUUCGUGGAGCGCUAGCGCGAACACGUGGAACGAGAUCGGUGACGUCAUGGGUGCUAAACCGGCGAGUGAAGGGAAGACUAUGUACCAAGGACAGGAAUACGACUUCGUGUUUAGCGUGGAUAUAAAAGAUGGCGCCCCGCCACUGAAAUUGCCAUUCAAUAAGACUGAAGAUCCGUGGGUGGCGGCGCAAGCGUUUAUACACAAAAAUGAUCUGCCACAAGUGUACUUAGAACAAGUAGCUAACUUUAUAAUUACAAAUGCGAAGCUAGAUUCGUUGCCUACUCCAAGUAAUGGUUUCGCGGACCCGUUCACGGGCGAGUCCCGCUACGUGCCGGGCUCGGGCGCGCCGGCCCCCGUACUGCACGGAGCGGACCCGUUCACCGGCGCGUCCGCGUACAGCACGGCAAGCGUGCCGCCGGCGGACAGGCUGGUGCCGCACGACUCGUACAUACGGUUCGAUCAAGCAAAUUUAAAAGCGAUACACGAAAAGUUAAAGGAAUUCAACAGCAAAGUGGGCGAUGGACUGAGCGCGUUUACAGAUGCGCAACUAGAAGAUAUUGUUAAAUUAGGUGAAUUGAAUACAACAUUUAAUCCCGAGACUGUUACUGCCUUGAAAAAAAUGCUCGAGUGGCCAAAAGAAAUAUUAUUCCCCGUCUUGGACGUAACGAGGCUAGCAGUAAGGAACAAAGAUAUCAAUGGGCUAAUAUUCGACACUUCGUAUGGCCCGACUUUUGUUCAAUACUUACUCACUUUAUUAUCUCCAGAUAACAUACCAGCGAACCAAAUGCUCUCCAUGCGUGUGCUAGUCAACGCAUUCAGUGACUUACCCGGCGAGAUGCUCGUACUAGCCGCGUGCGAGAGCGUAGUGCACGCUAUCAUCUGUCUCCCUCAGAUGAAUAAUAACGCGCAGAUAGCCGCAUCAUCUCUAGUACUAAACCUAUCGGUCGCGUUGGCCCAACAGGCUGAUACAGUGGAGCUAGCGGAUUGCAUCAUACACUUGUUGAAUAGGAUCACCGAUAAAGAGGCUUUCUUUAGAGGGUUAGUAGCGCUCGGCACAUUGUUAGCUGAAUCUCCAAACAAAGUGAUGAUUCAAACGAAAAUCGUCUCAAACCCGCAACUCCACAACAGACUGAAGGCAGAGAGUUCCACUGUCGAUCCUAAUUUUAAGAAAAUCAACACUUGCGCACUACAAAUACUAAGAUUGUUAUGAAAAAACGUUUAGUACUAUCUCCUGAUUGUCCUGAUGCAUGCCGUUAGAUGAUUAUUGACAGACUAAGUGCCCACGCUCUUCAGAUGUUACAAAUAUCAUGAAUACAUUCAAAACAAUAUUAAUCCAGUCUCGUUUUAAUUUAAAUGCAGUGAAGAUAAAGAAAUCUAAUUUAAUUGAUGAACGAUAAACAACUAGACUCGAUCGCGCU